AUGUCAACUUCGUCCGCUAAUCCUGAGACUAGCCGGCCAUCGGGGCCUCAGACUCCAGUCUCAUCAUUACCGAAGCCGGUGAUCAUUGGCCUAUACGGAGUACCAGGAUGUGGAAAGUCGUAUUUGCUCAAAGAACUAAAACAAGAGCUCAACGCAGAAACUUUUGAAUUCUACGAGGGCUCCGAGGUGAUCAGUUCUCUUGUUCCAGGAGGCCUUAGCGCUUUUAAGAAAUUAGAAGAGUCCGAAAAAGAUCAUCAUCGUAAGCUUGCUAUCGACCACAUUGCACAGAGCUGCUCCGUGACAGGACGUGUCGGAGUUGUUGUGGGGCACUUCAUGUUCUGGGAAGAGGGUGAAGAAACUGGACGCAUAGUGUGUACGAAGAAUGAUUUGGAAGUGUACACGCACAUUCUCUACUUGAAUAUCGACCCCGAACUUAUUUCAAGAUAUCGGUUAGACGACACUGAGAGGGCUCGCCCAUUAGUUUCCGUCGAACACUUAUGCAAAUGGCAAGAAGCCGAGAAGAUUCAGCUACGUCAACUCUGCUACGACAAUAACAUUUUAUUUUCAUCAAUAUCCCCGAAGAGAUGGUCACUCUUCCAGAUCUCGACAUUGAUACGAGACUUCCAGCACCACACAAAAGAUGUGAAUCUUUCCCGCGCCGUAGACAAGCUGGACAGAACCCUUGCGAAUGGCACACACCAACUGCAUACAAUGCUUGUACUGGACGCCGAUAAAACACUAGUUGCAGAGGAUACUGGAAAGUUGUUUUGGGAAGUGGCUUCAAGGCAUCAGCCAGAGAUACCAAAUGAUGCAGCACUAAAGAAAAUAUUCAGUAGCAGAUUGGGAUAUUCCUACUCGGCCUUUCGGCAAGCUGUUCUGCUAUACGAGGAGAGCUUUAUUGAUGAUACGUUUGACCUUCUCUGUGAAGAAGUAGCAGCAUCGGUAACUCUACGGCCCGAAUUUAUUUCACUCUUGCAAAGGGUAAAGGAGCAUGAUCAUGUCGGGGCUUUAGUUGUUACAUGUGGACUACGACAUAUAUGGGAUAAGAUCCUCCGAAGAGCAGGUCUGUCCGAAACAGUGAAGGUUAUUGGCGGAGGACGUAUUGCAGAUGGCUUUGUCGUCACCCCAGAGGUCAAGGCUUCCCUAGUUCGCCGCCUCCAAUCAACCUAUGGACUCCAUACUUGGGCCUUUGGGGAUAGCCCGCUAGAUUUGGCGAUGCUCAGUCAAGCGGAUAAAGCUGUCGUUAUAGUUGGCGAAGAGAUAUCGAGAAGCAAGUCCAUGGAUACAGCUUUGCUAGAGGCUAUUGAUAACGGCCUUGAAGCUUACCAAGCUCUGUUGCCCAGAAAUGUCCCACCACGACUAGAUACCGGAAAACUCCCCCUGGUAGACUUUUACGACUCAAAGUUUAUUGAUUCCCUCUUCUCCGGCCCCUUGAACAAUAACAGCCGCGAGCUCCGUCUAAUACACGCCACAGAGAAGCGGUCUGCCAAACUAUUAAUGACACCUAUGCGCGAUGCAAUGAUUGCUGGUCACAACCUUAGAGAAGCUCAUCAAAACGCUGGGUGGUACUUGGCAAUUGAAUUCUUAUCAGAGCUUGUUGGCGUUGAAGAGUACUCCAUAGAUCACGUCCAGGGCAAUAAGACAAGCGGCCAUCGACUUUGCCACGAGGAAGACACCCUAAUCGUCCCGUUGAUGCGUGGCGGCGAAGCCAUGGCUUUUGGUGUUAGUCGAGCCAUCCCCCUCGCCCGAUUCGUUCACGCAAGCCGCCCAGACGACAUCAAGGCUGGCCAUCUUCACAAUAUCCGCAACGUGAUAUUAGUUGACUCAGUUAUCAAUAACGGCGGCACGAUAGUGGAAUUUGCACAACACGUGCGAAAUCUAAACGGUGAAGUCCGCGUUGUAGUAAUCGCCGGGGUCGUUCAGAAGAAGUCGAUCACUCCGGGCGGUCAAGUAUCAGAGUAUGCUCGCGAAGCAGGACUAGAGCUCAUAGCCCUGCGCGUUUCGGAAAACAAGUACACCGGAAGCGGCGGUACUGAUACAGGGAAUCGUCUCUUCAACACGACGCAUCUUUCGAGAUAG